AUGUCAGAAAAGGGAGGCUUAGUCUUGGAGCCUGGAAAAAUUAUCCGGCCGGUGAUCGAUCACGAUGGGGUUAAGUUAUUAGCUGAAAGGCUUUAUGGCAUAUCCGUUUUGGAGCUCUCCGAGCUGAAUGGCUACGAUGACAAGAAUUAUAAAAUAACUGAAGACCCCAAUAUGAAAAAUCCAUUGAUUACGAAUCACAGUCAAUAUGGAUACGUCUUGAAGAUAAUGAACUCAAUGGACUCACAGAAUUUAAAUGUGGUAGAGGCGCAAAAUGAAAUAAUGAACUUUUUGGGCACUCGAUCAGUAUCAUGUCCUAAGCCGAUUCGAAACGUUUAUGGCCAUCUUCACUCUGUAGAGAACAUUGGGGGCAAGCAGCAUGUUGUACGUCUUUUAGAAUAUAUUCCUGGAGAACUAUUGAAAGAUGCACCUCUUUCUGAAUCCCUGUUUUAUCAGCUUGGAGAAUUUGUGGCUAAUUUAGAUAACAAGUUACAGAACUUCAAUCAUUCUGGUCUGGUGUCUCGCGAACACAUCUGGAUGUUGAGUAAGGUGCCAGAACUUGAGAAAUUUAAAUAUGUCAUUAAAGAUGCUGAGAAACUCGACUUAGUUGAGGAGGUAAUUGAAGAGUAUAAAUAUGCAGUUGUACCUCGACUCGAUGAGCUGGAAAAGGGAGUCAUCCACGGAGACGUCAACGAGAUGAAUGUUCUCGUUAGUCUUAAACCCGGGGGCAGUAAAACCGAUUAUCGUAUAUCUGGUAUAAUUGAUUUCGGAGAUAUCCAAUACUCUUACUACGUGUUCGAGCUCGCAAUCACUAUGACGUACAUGAUGUUGCUGACUGGAGACCCUCGUACUGGAGGAUUUACGUUGGCUGGAUAUACUGUCACUAGAAGAUUGCCCGAUGAAGAAUAUAGACUUUUAAAGACUCUGAUAUCAGCCCGUUUAGUCCAAAGUCUAGUCCUUGGAGCUUACACCCUGGAACAGGACCCAAACAAUACAUACGUCACGACUACCGAAAAAGCAAACGGCUGGGAGCUGCUAAAGAAGAUCAGAAAAUCCAAACCUGACCCUGAUGAUGAUCCUACAAACUGGAAGGCAAUUGCAAAUGAGUUUUUGACGAGAAGU